UAGGAAGUCAACUUGAGACCAGUUCCCGAGGGUUGUUGGAUAUACAGUAUCCGAUCACGCAUGGCAGUGUUACGGAUUGGGAGGGCAUGGAACGCAUAUGGCGGCAUGUGUUCAGUGAAGGGCUAAAGUGCAGGUCUCAGGAGCAUCCUGUACUGAUAAGCGAGCCGCCGUUGAAUCCUAUGAUUCACCGUGAGAAGCUAGCAGAGUGUCUCUUCGAAGUCUUCAAGGUACCAGCCAUCCACAUCGCCUGCUCUCCUGUUCUUUCUCUGUAUGCAUCUGGUCGGACCACUGGAGUGGUGCUAGACAUCGGUGACGGCGUAGCACAGGUUAUGCCCGUUUAUGAGGGGUAUGCAGUAGGGCAUGCGGCCACUCGUGGUGAAUCAGCUGGGAGGAGCGUCACUGAGUGGCUGCAGUUGUCGCUCAAGCGGCAGUGUGGAGUGCAUUUACUAUCUACGGCGGAUCGAGAGAUAGUCCGCACUAUGAAGGAAGAUUGCUGUGCCGUAUCCCUGCAUCCAGCCGUACAAAGGGCAUGGCGCGGUGGCACUGAGUGGGAGUUCGACAGGGACCCCAGGAGGGCCGGCGCAAAGCAAACAUUGGAUCACACGUAUGAACUGCCAGAUGGUUCUAUUAUCAACAUCGGCCUUGAGCGUUUCCAAGCCCCUGAGAUACUAUUCAAUCCAACAAUGGCGGCCUCGGCAGACCAGGGUGUGCAUCUGCUACUGGAUGAGGCCAUACAGAAGAGCGAUAUGGAUCUAAGGCGAACGCUGCUGCAAAAUGUGGUUCUCGCUGGUGGCAGUACGUUAUUCCCAGGGUUCGGCGAGAGGCUUUUGUCGGAAAUGCGCAAGCUGGUUCCGAAGGAUGCAAGAAUUAAAAUCUGUGCUCCUCCAGAGCGUGAGUCGCAUUGGGUGGAAGCUCUCAGCGUGGGUUGGCGGAAGUGUGGUAUCAAGUCUGAGCUCAUUCAAGCGAGUAUGGUUGACUCGUGA